AAAUGCAUUCCAAACAAAAUUCAUGGCCAAGGAGAGAGUCCGAAAGGGUCGCGCACGAAGAUGUUCCUCGGAAAUCGAUCACUGCGCUGAAAUAAAAGCCAGUUGUCAUGUGUGAAGAGUGAAAGAAACUUUUUAAAUACUCCCGGCCGACGUUUUGAUAAUCAGAAGUGCAAUUGGGGCUUGAGGAAUGACAGAAAAGCUGUGAAGAGACACGGAGCGAGAGGCCACGGGAAAUGACAAUUGAGGACCCGCAUCAUCACUUGUAGUCUCGUCUUCUGAUUUUUUUUAUUUUUGUUCUGCCUCUCUUGUCCCUCCCUACACCAAAGAUGGAGAACACAGACCCAAGACAGUCACCAGAACCCCAGGUUCCUAGUGCAUCCAAAGACGAUCCCGCGGCCAACACCAAAGAUGACGUAGCCUCCCUGGCCGACCGGCUCUCCCUCCACAGCAUACCUAGUAUAGAUCGCAGCGAUGGCACUGCUAGUCCUGAAGCUUCUUCCAAUGUGCCCAACCUAGCUCACACACCCCCAAACUCCCCCAAGACCCCCAUUUUAGCUCACACCCCACCACCCUUGCCUCCUGCCAAUCCUCCGGCCCAGCAGUUAACGCCUCCUGCACCUGCACCCAGCGAGUCCCCCAAGACAACUGGAGAUGCCCUAAGCAUCACCCAAAGUCCAAGCGAGGCACCCUCCCCUGGCCCUCUUAGUCAGCACUCUGGCCAGGGUGAAGGACAUGAACCCAUUGAUCCAGCUCCUGGCCCUCCCAUGAGUAGCGGGGAGAUGGCUAUGUAUGGUGCGUAUGGCAGUAGCCCACCCUCCAUAUCGGGCCACUAUGCUGGCAUAGGAGGAUUGUAUAGUGGAAGCCAUCCCUCGUCAGGAAUUUACAGUGGCUCUGCUUCGUUAGGGAGCAUCUAUGGUAGUGCUGGUCCUCCACCUGUUCCUCCACCCCCCCUGGAGGAGAGUGGUGCUGUGGGAGGGAUUCACCACCGGAGGGAACACUCCCUCAAUUCUAUACACUCCAUUCACUCUGUCAAUUCCUUCAAGGAGUUCUAUGACAAAUCAACCCUCAACCAGUUCAUCUCAACUUCUCCCAAGCUCUCAAAUAGGGAAAUGGAGAUGAACCGAAUGUCGGGCCUCCAUGGCAGCAUUGCAAGCAGUGGAGAUUACAGCGGCCUAACGGAAAUGUUUACGGAGCCCGUCGAGGAAGAGGUGAGUACAGCAUUAUUAACAAACUGUAUUGUAAAAGGGGCUUUCAUUAUGUUAGUCCACAGUUUUAGCGUUUGAUUCUUUAGAUACCUACUAUCUUAUUGAGGUAUUGCAGACUGCAUCUUUACUGGAUGUUGACAGAAUGUGUCAAGGAAAAGGUGAGUACAGAAAUAUUGACAGAUAGGAAAAGGCUUAUGCUGAUUUGUCAGUUUGAGCUGUUCUUUGAAUUGUUUUAAUUUUUUUGAGGUAUUGAAUACAGUGUUUUCAUAGGGGGAAGGGGUUCAUGGACAUGUUAGUUGUCUUUCAAGGUAUUUAUUUAUUUAAUAGUGUGAAAGAGUUAGAGCAGGUUAUGACACUUUAUUUAGCAGAAUGUGGGGCAUAUAGAUCAAUUGGGGUGACCUGUAUGGUAAUUUAUAUUUGUAUGCAAACACAUGUAGACCCAAUUAGUUGUGGCAGCAAUAUAUUUUUACAUAUAAAUGAGCUGUUGGAACUUUUGCCUUUCUAUGUAGAUUUUUCUUUUUUUGAAAGCCUGUUGAGUAUGGAAGCUUAGAUUUGCGAUGACUAUCUGCCCAUAGAAAGGUAAUAUGAUAUUAAAUGAAAAAUUGAGAAAUACCGUAAAUUAAUAAAGGAAGGAAAGAACAAAAUGUAGAGCAUAAUGGGACAGGAAAACUUGGGGACGAAUAGCUACUGUGAUUUUGUUUUUCAUAUGGAAAAUUAUAGAUUUUGUUGAUAUAAAUUGUUAAGACCUAGCAAACAAAUAGCAUUUUUUUCAUGUUUAAAAACAUCAGAUUCCCAGGCCUACUCACCUUGUGAAGGUGCGGCAAAUAUACUAUGUUAAUGCUCUCAAAUAACCAAGACAGACAAAAUGAUUCUACCAGUCACAUGAAACCCAAAGUACAGAGAAAAGAAAAGAUAUUAAUAAGAAAAAUAGGGGGAAGAAGAGAAAGAUAGAGCUGAAAUUAGAUCGU